AUUUAUCAUCUUUGUAUCUGUUCAUCACACACACACACACUUUCCUUCCUCUCUUCUGUGUUGCUGGGAUCUGAACUAGUCGAACUAUCCUCCAAAAACAGACCGCUAAUUUACCCAGCAAUGUCAACUACCUCUCCCCCAACCCCACCGGCUGAUGUUUCAGCGGGGACAGAGGCAUGUUUCCCCCCGGGCUACAAGCCUUUCCAUCCCGAAGAGCAUGGCCUGGACUCCGGCUUCCGCCUGACGGGCUUCUCGGAUAUGAAAGGAUGAGGGUGUAAGGUCCCCCAGGAGGCUCUGCUCAAACUCCUGGCGGGACUGGAGCCUCACCGGCCGGGGGAAACUGUGGACCAAGGCACCGAUUUCGGACAACUUACUCCCAACAACACCUCCGCUGGUCCCCGACUAGGUAUAGGCAUGGAUUCCUGUGUGGUCCCUCUGCGACAUGGAGGCCUCUCAUUGGUCCAAACUACAGACUUCUUCUACCCUCUGGUGGAUGACCCCUACAUGAUGGGAAGGAUAGCGUGUGCGAAUGUCCUCAGUGAUCUCUAUGCUAUGGGCAUCACAGAGUGUGACAACAUGCUGAUGCUACUGAGUGUCAGCCAGAAGAUGUCUGAGCAGGAUCGUGAGCGUGUGAUGCCUCUGAUGAUCCGUGGGUUCCGUGAUGCGGCGGAGGAGGGCGGGACUUCGGUGACGGGCGGCCAGACGGUGGUCAACCCCUGGAUCAUCAUAGGCGGCGUGGCCUCGGUCGUCUGCCAACCCAACGAGUUCAUCAUGCCAGACAGUGCAGUACCGGGGGACGUGUUGGUGCUGACCAAACCUCUAGGAACCCAGGUUGCUGUCAACGCUCACCAGUGGCUGGACCAGCCAGAGAGGUGGAAUAAGAUCAAGCUAGUGGUCUCUAAGGAGGAAGUGGAGCAGGCCUACCAGGAAGCCAUGUUCUCCAUGGCAACGCUCAACCGCACAGCGGCAGGCCUAAUGCACAGGUUCCAUGCCCACGCUGCAACAGACGUGACUGGGUUCGGGUUGCUAGGGCACGCCCGUAACCUAGCGACGAUACAACGUGCUGAGGUAGCCUUCGUCAUCCACAACCUCCCCAUCAUCGCCAAGAUGGCCGCCAUCAGCAAGGCCUAUGGAAACAUCUUCAACCUGCUUGGGGGGACUUCCUCGGAGACAUCUGGUGGCCUUCUAGUAAGUCUGCCCAGAGAGGAGGCGGCCCGGUUCUGUGCGGAGGUCAAGGGUCAGGGGUCUGGGGGUGGAGCCUGGAUCAUCGGCAUCGUGGAGAAAGGAGAACGCGGCGCUCGCAUCAUCGACAAACCACGCAUCAUCGAAGUCCAGCCCAGAGGGACCGCUGCAGCCAAUCAGGAGAACAGCAGCUCUACUAGUCCCGCUCCUGGCGAUACGCUGUCAUAGACUCUGUGUGUGUGUGUGUGUGUGUGUGUGUGUGUGUGUGUGUGUGUGUGUGUGUGUUGUGUGUGUUGCUGUCCAUCUCCCCUGUUUAGCCACAGGAGCUACAGGCCAAAACGCCGAACAUGGAGAGGUUCCUCUUUUAAAUUAAAUUAACAUUCCAACAGUUUCCCCUCCAAUCAGUGAACGGGGAAAUAGAUCGAGUUGUGUAUGUGAUUUAGAGUGUGGGUCAGAACAUUCUCCUAGUGAAACUUUUGUCAUUAUGGGAGUGGUUGGGGGAAAAUUAGUCUAUUUAUUGUGUUUCUAUUGGAUAUUUGGCUUGUCUAUCAGGAUGUCUGGCUCCGCCCGUUGGUUCAGAGGCAGGGUUGAGCAGCUCUCUCUGGACCAAUGGCGUCGUCCGGUAUGUCCUCUGCCAGCUGACUGGCUGCUCAGCUCAAAGCCCCCUCCCCCCUACCUGUUUAUGAAGCUCCGCCUUCCAAACCUCAGCCAAUGGGGCCAGGCGGAGUGGAUGUCUGUCUCAGGAAGGGGGUGGGGCUCAUGUGCUGGGUUCCAGCCAUUGGCUAUGUGUUUCUGGAGAAUUCACAAUCAAUAAACCGACCAUCAACUCA